AGUGGCCGUAAACUCGAGAUGGCUGCUAUAUAAAUAUAAUGAUAAUCUCACUAAUUUCAAGAAUAAAAAUAUUAGUAUAAGAAAAAUUGUCAGCAUCAACCGACAAAAGAGUAUAUUUUCUCCAAAAUUGAGUCAACCAGUUGCAACAAAGCGGUGGUUGACAAUGGCUGCAAAUGAGGGAUUGAAAGAAGGCGAAGAAUUUGUGUACAGGAUCAGCACUGCCGAGGAAUGGGAGGAGCUGCGGCGGAGCGGCGCUACUUUCGGCGGAAAUAUCGAUCAAUCAACUGGUUGUUUCCAUCUCAGCAAGCUCGAUCAGGUCCAAUCAACUUUGCAAAACUUUUUCUUGAAUGUUAAGGAGGAUCUAUACCUACUCAAAAUAGAUGCUAAAAAGCUUGGAAAUGGCUUGAUCUACGAAGCUGUGGAUGAGUCCAAUAUAUUUCCUCAUUUCUACGGUCCAUCCCGAAGUUUCAGCCCACUUCCAUUAGACGCCGUUGCAAAAGCAGAGAAGUUGACCCUGUCGGAUGGCAGAUACGAAUGCAGCCUUCUGACUUAGAAACCAGUUCUAUUCAGGACUGUAUUGCUUAUCUAUGCCGUUGCUUUGUUCAUAUUCAAUCAUUCGGAAAUGUUCAUGAUAAAAGAUACCUAUGUAGGGCUUUGUUUUAACUUGGCUUCAGCUUCAGCAUGCAUAAUUUUUGUGCCUGUAAAAAAAUAUUGCCUUUGCGAUUGUCAGGAAAAAAAGAGACCUGAUUAUGGCUCAA